CAAAAAUUAGUUGAUAAUCUAGAAAAAUGCUGUUGGCUCGCUUAAAUCACGUCCUGCCAGGACGUUCGUUGUGUCUCUUGGGGCAGGUCACCAGUCAGCGACUAUGGCAAUCGACCAAGGCCAUGCCGCUGCUGAAGAAGAACCCCCUGACAUGGCCAUCAAUGGGCCAGGGCAAGUCCUUGAUACCAAAGAAGGAUCUACAGAAUAUGCUGCGUCGGGACUAUUCACGUGAGUCCAACCGUAACCGUUCGCAUCUGGAGAGCCGUACGCGUGGACCCUCGCUCAAGGAUCGGAUGAUGGGACCGCCCAGCGAGAAUGCCUACUCCAUGGGCAAGGGUGCGGCAGCAGGAGCUGCCCUCAUGGGUCUCGUGGGACUCUGCUACUACGGACUGGGCCUGUCCAAGCAAACCAGUGUCUACGAUCAAUCGUUGCUGUGGCCGCAGUAUGUGAGGGAUCGCAUUCAUGCCACCUAUGCCUACUUUGGGGCAUCCUGUGGCAUUACAGCUGCUGCAGCGGCUGCCUUUUUCCAGUCCGAGACCGCCAUGAGCCUGAUGACUCGCUCCGGUAUAGUUGCCGGGCUCAUAACCCUGGGCCUGGUGAUGGGCACUGGGGUCAUGGCCCAGUCAAUCGAAUACAAAGAAGGAUUCGGGGCCAAGCAGCUGGCCUGGCUGGCACACUGCACCGUUCUGGGAGCCGUGCUGGCGCCCAUGUGCUUCCUGGGAGGUCCGAUUCUGACCAGGGCCAUGCUCUACACGGGCGGCAUUGUGGGCGCCCUCUCCACGGUGGCCGCCUGCGCCCCAAGCGAUAAAUUUCUCUACAUGGGCGGUCCAUUGGCCAUUGGAUUGGGCGUUGUCUUUGCCUCAUCUCUGGCUGGUAUGUGGCUGCCCCCCACAACGGCCUUGGGAGCUGGCCUCGCAAGUAUGUCAGUCUACGGUGGAUUGAUCUUGUUCAGCGGAUUCCUGCUCUACGACACGCAGCGGAUUGUGCGCGUGGCCGAGUUGCAUCCACAGCAUGGCAUUCCCAAAUUCGAUCCCAUUAAUAUGGCUCUGGCCAUAUAUAUGGAUGCCCUGAAUAUCUUCAUACGCAUUGCCAUGAUUCUUGCCAGCGAUAAUCAGCGCAAGAAGUAGACGAAAUCAAACAAUCGGUAUUGGGUGUAGGUUUAAGAAAAUCAUACAAACAUUAAUUGGAAAGGGGGAGGAAUCAAAAUUGAAACACAGUGCAUUGUCAAACUAAUGAAUAAGAAAGAAAUAAAUCACAAUAGAAGUCCGU